AUGGUCCACUGCAGUAACCAAAGUAUGCCACCCCACAUGACAGUCUUCAUACUGCUCGGCUUCCCAGCUCUUCAGGAGACUCCUCUCCCACUCUUCUUCACCUUCUUGGCCCUAUACACCCUCAUUGUUGUGGGCAAUGUAGUGAUCCUGGUGGCUGUGGCUGGAGACCCCAGGCUCCACAAGCCCAUGUAUUUCUUCCUGUGCAACCUCUCAGCCCUAGAUAUCCUCUUUACAACCACCACUGUGCCCAAGAUGCUGGCCAUGUUCCUCUUCCAACAUAAUACCAUCUCCUUUGCUGGCUGCUUCCUACAGAUGUACAGCUUUCAUACCCUUACAGUCAUGGAAUCCUUUAUCCUGGUAGUCAUGGCUUAUGAUCGCUAUGAAGCCAUCUGCCACCCACUGCACUAUCCUGUCCGUAUGACUCCACAGGCCAAUGCCAGGCUGGCAGCAAGUGCCUGGGCUGUGGCACUGAUCAUCCCCGCCCCAGUGAUGGUGGAGACUUCACAGUUAGAAUACACAGCCAGGGCCACAGUGGAGCACUGUUUCUGUGACCACCUCGCUGUGGUAAGGGCUGCCUGUCAGGAUGCUGGGACUGAGCAGCAGACUUUUAUUGGCUUCUGCAUUGCCAUGACUGUUUCAUUGGUGCCUCUGUUCCUAGUUCUCUUUUCCUAUGGCAAGAUCCUGGCUUCUGUUCUAAGAAUUGCCUCCCAGGAAGGUCGGGCCAAGGCCUUUUCUACCUGCACAUCCCACCUUCUGGUUGUUGGUACCUACUACUCAUCCAUUGCUGUGGCCUAUGUGUCCUACCAAAUGGAGAUGGCCAUUGACCUUCAUGUGCUCAGCAAUGUCAUUUUUGCCAUCCUGACUCCCAUGUUGAACCCCCUCAUCUACACAUUGAGGAACAAGGAUGUAAAGGAGGCCAUUAAGACAGUCUUUCAACAUGUGUUUUCUCAUUUGAAGAACCCUUAG